AUGUCUCAAAUAAAACGAUUGCGUGACAAUGAUUGUUAUGGUCAUGUUAAUUAUGUUGUUUAUGGUGAAUGGAUUGAUUCAACUAUUGAUAAAUUUUUAAUUGAACAAUGCUCAUUUGAUCAUUCAAAAUCUCCAUUACUUGAUUAUGUUGUUUAUUCGCAUUGUGAAUAUUAUAGUCCAGUAUCAUAUCCAGCAAUAAUUUCAGCUGGUUUAUUUGUUAAACGAAUAGGAAAAUCAUCUGUUGAUUAUCAAGUUGGAAUAUUUGAAAAUAACAAAUCUUUAAAAGCUUCAGCUGUUGGUGGUUUUACUAGUGUUUUUGUUGAUCGAAUAAAUCAACGUCCUCAUCCAAUUGAUGAACAACUGAGAAAGCAACUUUUAUCUAUAUCAAAUAUAAUUCAAUGA